AUGAAAGGAAUGUUAGUAAGUGUUAGUAAGGUCUUACUAACAUUCCUUAAUAACGCACCAUUCCCAACCAUACCUUUCAUUCUGAAGUCCAAGGCUGCCCAAAAAUGUCAAAAUGUCACCACUGGAUCGACAACGUGCAUGCGGGAGGGUCAAGUUAGCACCUCGUCGCGGGUCAAGUUAAUACCUUUUGCAUCUGGCGCAGAUCCGGCGUUUAUUACUAUGUCCAAAAUAAAUCCAAUUAUUCUCUCAGAUAUUGAGACUAUAUCUGAUGAUGAAACUAUAUCUGAAGAUGAAUAUUCUGAAAAAGAUGAACAGAAUUUUAAUGAAAAUGAGGAACCAAUAGCAUUUUUUACAAAAUAUCUCUCAGUUCCAGAAGUUAUACAUUCAGCUCUUCCGAUUGAAUAUCCAAAAACUUCACCACAAGGAGUGGCCACAAUAUUCAAAAUUACUGGCUGGGCAAAUCCAAUAACCUGUUUUAAUGAUAUUCAGUAUUCUAAUAAUGGAACAGGUGGAUCAACUACAAUACAAAAUUGUCCUUAUAUUGGAGUGUCAGUAAAAAAGGAUGUGCGAAAGUGCCAAGGGAUCAAACAUUGUUCUUUUGCCGAUCCAAAUUUUAUUAAUGAGCAGCAUAAUGAAGUUGAUAUGGAAUCAGAAACAUUUAUUAAAUUAAAUCAACAUAAAUAUAAUAAUAAUAAAAAAGUUAAAACUUAUAAAGGAGAAAAAUGGCAUCGAUACAUUAAAGUCCAAGAAGAAAUUGAUUUGGAAUUAUUGCGAGAUCUUUUUCAAGGACGAGAUUUUAUUAAAUUCAUUCCAUAUGAUUUAGCCGCAUGUCCUUAUAUUGCAUUAGUAUGCAUAGGUACACAUAACCACCCACCACCACCACCAGAAUGCACACCAGUAGGCAUUAGAGAUGAAUUACAAACAAUGAUUCAAAAUAUUAUUACUUCAGAUGAUAGUGUAACUCCACGCUCAAUUAUAGCAAAAAAUAACAGCAUUAAUGCAACCUUUGAUAAAGAUACUUUAUCAGAGGUGCAUGCAUCAUUAAAUAAUGUAGAUAAACUUAGGACACUUGUUGCUAAAUGUUACAAGAAUAUGCAUCCCUAUGGACAGGGAAAUUUGGGUGUUAUGCAUAGUGUUCAGUGCAAGAAAUUUGAUAUGCAUAACUAUGUACGUCGUAUAGAGCAAUUUGAGGAUGGACAAACUUUGAUUUUAUGUAUGCUUGAUUUUCAAGCAAAAGCAUUACAAAAUUUAAAGUGCUUUCAAAUUGACUUAACAUUUAAAAGAGUACAGGGGGAUAUUAAUGAAUUCGAAGUUAACUCUUAUGAUGAAAUGCACAAAUUAAGUAAAUAUAUUAAUUAAAUUAUAGUAUAUGCUUAUAUCAUUAUAUUUUUAUAAAAAUAAUUAACAUUAAUUUUUUUUAGUAUUGUCCUAUUGUCG